AUGGAUGAUGCUCAACUAACCUACGCGAAGACGUUGAUGGAUGAGCUAGAAAGACUAGGCAUAACCAUGCGUCAUUCCAUACAUAAUCACCUGACCUCAACCCAUAUGACUGCCAUAUUUUCAGAAGCCCGUGAGGCUGCUCUACAGGGAAAAAAUUCACCGACUGUUAAGAAGUCAAGUAGGCGGUAGUUGAAUGAAUUGUGUCACGCCUCCCUUCACAUUGGAGAAAUGGCAUCAAUGUCCGACCCGGUUGAUAGAGAGACAUUGUUACUUAGGAGGGCCACUGUCUUCACCACUGCUCUAAGUUUGUUGCUGUACUUAUAUUGCUUUGAAAAAACGGACUGAAUUUUCUCAAAACUUUUUGGACACUCUAAUAAAGCCGCUAUGAACUUCUCCCCACUUAGCAACACAAAAGAAGCGGAUGAAAAAGUCACACAGCGAAUAAUAGUAGAUAACAUCAAGCGGGUUUUCAUAUAGUCAAGUGUUAGACAACAUCAGGCUAUUCAUGUAAAUGUUGCAGGGGUGAAUAUUAAAUAUUUUUUUUCAAGUUAUGCUACCUUCUGCUUAGAAUAUUUCUUGAGGUGCCGGAUGGAAAGUAAAUGA